AUGUGUAAGUAUUUAACAGUUUACACAUUAUUUUGUUUAUGUUGGAAGAUUGUGGAUUCUAUUUAUACUAACAGUGAAUUAACCCAACCACAGAAUGAAUAUGAUUUAAAUCAAGCAGUAAGGAGACAAUUUUCAAAAGCAGGUAAUCUAGACCAAUCAGAAUCACAAUUAUAUUCGUCAUAUGUCAGUGUUUACACAAUUGAUGAUGGUUCUAAUGAAUUGAUUGAAAAUGAUACAGAUAAAUAUUACAUAGAUGAAUAUAAGCAUACCUUUUAUUUCAGAUUUAACGAUGACUCAAAGUGUGUUGAGCUAGAUUAUUUGGGAAAACAGGUAUGGAAACACAAUAGUGAUGAGUGUGGUGACGAAUACCCUAAAGAAAUCUUUUUUCAGAGACUGAGUAAAAGGAUUAUAGUUACAUUUCCUACAUUUUACCUUUCCUAUGCUUACAGAAAUCGCGGGUGGAAAAUUGAGUCAAAAGUUGAUUUGAAAUUUGUCUUUGAAAAUGGACUUUCAAUCAUCGCCACAAAUAAUAAAGAUCUCUCUAAUCCAAAGGUAAAUGAUACGUCAAAGUUCGAUGUAAAAUCAUUCGAUUACGUAUAUCAGUACAACAUUAAUGAUAAUGCAAACUGUGUAGAGGUUAGAUUAGGACAAAAAAAUGUCUGGAAAUACAUACCUAAAGAAUCCAAAAAGGGAUUCCCUAAAUCUUUAUAUUAUCACAGAGAUUUAGGAUUAAUUUUUAUGGAUUUUAAUAAUAUGUCCUCAAUGUACAGAUGCAAUGAAACCAUGUGUAAAUGUAUAUCAAACCAACACAUAAAAGAUAUAUCUGUGUCUGAUUUAAAGAUUCAUACUAUAGACCCUUAUGACCCUUCCAAAAUUGAUGAAAAUAAUGAAUGUCAAUACGAAAGAAAGGACCUAGGGUACGGUUAUAUUUUCAACAUGAAUCAAUAUGCAAAAAUGACAAAACUUUUAUAUAAAGAUAAGGUUUUAUGGUAUUACGGAUAUAAAUCUAAAGAAUACCCUAAGUCUGUCUUUUUGAACACAUACAUGAAAUUGAUAGCUAUAAAAUUUUCAAACUUCCAUCUGGUUUACUUUUAUAUGAACAAAUGGAGGUACAUAUGCAAAUCUUCCGUUAUGACUCUCUCCGAAUCUGAUGUUAAAAUAUACACUAGAAUAGGUGAUGAAGAAAAGGAGAAUGAUCAAGAAAGUUAUGAACUAGUCAGGUAUCCCUACAAAUACGCUUUAAUGUAUAACAUUAAAAGUCAUGCCGACUGUUUUAAACUAAUGAUUAAAAAUAAAACCGUUUGGAAACAUAAUCCCAAAAAAUUGGGCUCAAAUUAUCCAACUAAUAUCUAUAUAAAUAAGGACAUGAAGAUGGUCAUCGUUACCUCCCAAAAGUUCAUUUACGUUUACGUUAAUCUCGACAAGUGGAGAAUGGUAUUCCAAACCGUUGAUAAAGACAUACUAAAGAAAUCAAUCAAAUAUUCUAAUGAUCGUGCUAAUAUCAAAAGUACAAGUAUUAAUAGAAUUGACACCAGUAGUAGGAGUGCCCAUAAUAUCAGUACUAGUGAUAGUUCCACUGACAGUGAUGACAGUGGUAGUGGUAGUGAUAGCGAUAAUGAUAGCGAUAAUGAUAGUGAUAGUUAUAGUUACACUGAUAGUGAUAGUAGUGAUUCAGAAAGUUCGGAUGAAGAAAUCUAUCCAGUCCAACCUCCUAGAAAAAGGAGAUUUAUCAGAUGUGAAACAACCCGAGGCACUGAUUCCAAGAAGGAAUAUGAUACACUUGUAGGUGAACCAAUACCAAAUGAAACUGAAGAAGAAAUGGAAGAAGUGGGAGUAAUACCUGAAAAGUUGGAAAGAGGAUAUACAAAAGAAUAUGUUUUGGGUAUUGUAAUUGCAGUAGUUUUGUUAAUCCUUGCAGCAGGACUGGCAUACGGUUUGUAUCAUACCAGAAAAAUCAAAUCUAGAAGUUUAUCAAAUAUGAAUAACGAAACUGAAGAAAUUACUGUUUUUUAA